AUGCACCCGCCCGGCGCCCCGCUCGCUAUGGCCGACGGCGCCUUCUCGCUGGCCGCCCCGGCGGCGCGGAGCCCCGGGGGAAACCCCUCGAGGCUGCACAGCAUCGAGGCUAUCCUGGGGUUCACCAAGGAAGACGGGCUGCUGGGCGCCUUCCCGCCCGACGGCAGCGCCAAGGAGGCGGACCGGCGGGGUCCCCGGCAUUGCCUGCCCAAGAUGCCCGGAGAGCCGCCGCCAGCCGAACCCCAGGGCCGCGCCGAGCGCUUCCAAGAGCCGUACUGUCCCGGCAGCACCAGCCCCGAGCUGCCCGCUGGCAGCAGCGGGGAGAGGAAGCCGUCAGAAGAGGAACAGCCCAAGAAGAAACACCGGCGAAACCGCACCACCUUCACCACGUACCAGCUUCACGAGUUGGAGCGUGCCUUUGAGAAGUCCCACUACCCCGAUGUGUACAGCCGCGAGGAGCUGGCCAUGAAGGUCAAUCUGCCUGAAGUCCGUGUCCAGGUUUGGUUUCAGAACAGAAGAGCUAAGUGGAGGCGGCAGGAGAAACUAGAGGUGACCUCCAUGAAGCUGCAGGACUCGCCCAUCCUCUCAUUCAACCGCUCACCUCAGGCAACACCCAUGGGUCCUCUGAGCAGCAGCCUGCCCCUGGAGACGUGGCUCAGCCCACCGGUGCCCAGCAGCACAGCCCUGCAGAGCCUGCCUGGCUUCGUGGCCUCGCCGCAGAGCCUGCCUGGCAGCUACACACCACCACCCUUCCUGAACUCUCCAGCAGUGACCCACACGCUGCAGCCCCUGGGGGCCAUGGGGCCACCGCCGCCUUAUCAGUGUGGGGCCACCUUUGUGGACAAGUUCCCUUUGGAUGAGGCAGACCCACGCAACACCAGCAUUGCCGCCCUGCGGCUGAAGGCCAAGGAGCACAUCCAGUCCAUUGGCAAACCCUGGCAGACAAUCUGA